AGUGGUAUGUCGUCGUUAGCGUUAAAACAGUUAAAGACAAAAAUCAUGGCUGUGAUGAUUACUCCAAUGUGACCAUUCCUCAGGUGAAAUGGAUCGCACUGAUUGCUCAGCGGGGAGAGUGUUCGUUUACACAGAAGAUCACCAAUGCCAUGAAAUAUAACGCUUCCGCUGUGGUUGUCUACAACAAUAAGGACGACGAUAAGACUUUGCAUGUCAUGGAACAUAAGGUUGAAGGGGCCAUCGCCAUUUCAAUUCCACACAAAGAGGGUAAAAGAAUAUCUGACCUCCUUGACAGGGGUUUCAAUUUGACCAUGUACAUCACCGUAGGUCAGAAGACAAACAAGGACAGAAGCACCGAUAAAAACCCAAGCAAGACGUCAGUUGUGUUUGUAUCAGUCUCUUUCAUUGUGUUGAUGAUUAUCUCCCUUGCUUGGCUCGUCUUCUACUAUAUCCAGAGGUUUCGCUAUGCUCAUGCGAAGGAACGACUUGCUAGGCGACUUGCAAGUGCUGCAAAGAAAGCCAUCGCGAAGAUUCCACAGAAAACUGUGAAGAACGGAGAUAAGGAAAUGGGCACUGACUUUGACCAGUGUGCUGUAUGCAUUGAAGGAUACAAGGCACACGAUGUCAUUAGGACUCUUCCAUGCAAGCACGUGUUUCAUAAAUCUUGUGUGGAUCCAUGGUUGCUAGAUCAGCGAAGUUGCCCAAUGUGUAAAUUAGAUAUACUCCGAGCUUAUGGGAUGCAUGUCGGCGGUAGCGAGGACAGUGUUCACCCUGAUGGGGAGAGUGGCAACGCAAUGGGUCCUGUCGAGGACAUCGAGCAGACUUCUGUGGGUGAUGAGCAGAGUGCAGACGGCGAGGUGAAGGUUCUCCUUCUUCCCCAGCACCUUUGUCUCCACCAUGGAGGGGAGACAAGCACCAGUGCUGGCAGGGCUAGUAUAGAUUCCAGUCAUGUCACCUGUGAUCCAAGUGAAGACUGUGCUCAUUCCAGUGACUCUGAAUGUACCGAGCUUCAUUCGUUAAUGGAUCAUAUCGGGGCAGCAGGUGUAGAACCAUCGUGUACUGUAGUCAAUCAAAAAGACUCGGACACAGAAGGGGAUUUAUCAGUGUAGCCGUGAUGCGGCGAUCCGGUCUGUGAUAAGUGUUGGAUUCGGUGUUCCACAUUCCAACCUAGCCAUUGGGGAAUCAGUGAAGAUCUUUCUAUCAAGACCUUUUGUGAUUAGCAUAAUGCGUGGAUUAAGUAGUCGUAGAUGUUGAAAGUGGUGGUCUCAGUGAAGGAGUGGUACCACAAGCCUCCAUACAAUGUAAGUGGAUAUUUCAGUGAAUCUGUUGUAAGUGUCAAGAAACUUUGCUCACAUUGUGGUGAGACGCCGCAGGUCUGAUGACAGAGAGAACAGGAAGGCAUGCGUUAACAGUAAAAAAGGAAAUUCUUAGCAAACUAUGUGUAAACAUUCAGAAAGAAGAUAAGGAAUGUCAGUAAACAUUUUUUUCUCUUUCCUAAAUUUAGAAAACUCAUCUAUUGAUGUCAGUGUAAAGACAUCAAUGGAUUUGUCAGAGGCAUCAUGUUGUCGAUGAAAUUGGUUCUGACUAGUUGACAGGGUAUCAGUAUAUGAUUCUUUAUCAUAUAUGUGUGCAUAAAAAAAUCAGGUUAGUGGAGUUUUAGAUUUUUUUAAAUGUUGAACUAUUUAAGUAGAUUUGUAGUUUACCAGUAUGUAGCUGGGUUGAUGAGCCUGUUCCAAAGAAAGAAAGUGUUAUGCUUAAGACCCAGGCUUCAUGCAGAGAGUGAUCAAGAACUGACAUUAAAUGGCAGUGAAUAUGGAAUCCAGCUCUAGUUGCAGGCUAGAUGUAAAAACAGAAUGCCAAAGACAAUGCAAGGUUGGUGGAGAACGCAGUGACCUUGUAACAAGCAGGACAUGUAGAAUUGUAGCCCGGAACUUGAGUGGUCCUCGCUUCUCUGGAUUGCGUGGAUGGUGGCGGAGCCAGAUCACGAAGAGGAAAACUGGUUUGGUUCAGAUCAAUUUAAAUAUUCCAUUUUCUGUUGUAUCCCGUGUAAUAUGUUGAGUUUCUUUGAUCAAAUAUUGUAUUUCAAAAUAUAGAAUAAUAUUAUUGGAAUUAUGAGCCAAAGUGUUUACAAUCACCUAUCAAGCCAUGAUUGGACUGAAUUUAACUUCAAACAUUAUUUCAGAUUGUCCAUAUUUUAGCCAUGAAGUUGGCUUCGGUUGGACAUGGUUGAUGCUUUUCUUUGUAUCCCAAUUCCAUUGAUUAAUACUUAUUACAUCAAUCACUCGAUUGUCUGGUCUGACUGGUUUUUAUGCAGGCUACCAUCAUAUAGCUGGAAAAUUGCUGAGUGUGGCAUUUAGCAACAAGAGGUUGUUAAGAUAACCAUGGUUUCCAUGGAGAUUGCCACUUUCAGGUUUUCCAGUGUAUGAUGACCAAAGCAGGAUCUGGUUACGGUUUUACAAGUUCAGCUGUUCUUUCAUCACUAAACACCAAGCAACAUUAACUAGCUAUGCUGCAGUCUGCUUCACAUUUUCACGUUUUCUUUGUUAUUUUUGCAAUGUUGUUGAAAUUGAUGUUAAAUCUUGACGUUAACAAUUUGUGAUUCGGUGUCCCAUUUUCUGUUACAAUACUUUUACGAAUCAUUCACAAUUAUCAUUCUUACAUCACUUCUGUGAAUGUAGUCUUGUCUGUGGACACUCAUGAUUGUCACGUAUGAAGCAUGUACUUUGUUCUUUUAUAAGAAAAAAAUCUUUCUUCAAUCUCCUUCAUACUUGUAUUUCUUGAAUCUUGUUAUCUUGUAUGUAUUUAUUUUAAUUAGUAUGAGUAGCUGAUGAUUCAUUCAAAACAAAGGAUUGUUUGCAUUUAUACAACCAACUGAAGUUGUAGUCUCAAAACAGAAUUUGCCUGUCCAUACUACUUCUGUAACAAGUAAUAUACUAUGUUGCCAUGCCGAUAUACAAAAUUUGAACCUUGAAACAGCUUUCUAUAAAAUUUAAGUUCUGUAUCUGUUA